GUCCCAUAAAAAUCAUGUUCGCAUAAUGUAUUAGCUGUUAUGUUAUAUUUAUGGUGUAUUCUUGUUUGUAUUUUUAUCAGAUUGUGGAAAUAAACUAAACUUGAAUUUGAACUUGAACUUGUAUACGACAGCGAAUUUUGUCGAAAUUCAAAGUUCAUGUUUAGCUAUAGGGCAUGUAUAUAUGUCCUAUAUAAAUCAUGUAGUAGUACGACAAUGACAUUGUCAUGUUCGUCGGGAAACGCACAAGGCUAUUGGAAUUGCGCUGUUAGGUUAAUUUUCGUAAAUACAUGACUAUAGUUGCCUUUUUGACUCGCUAUUUGACUCGGGAUUGCUUAGCAUUAUUCUACCAUGAGCCGGUUUUUCGAAGAUGCCGAUACCGCAAAAAACUAUCUACGGUACCGCCCUGGAUACUCUAAUGAAGUGGUUGAUACGAUGAUCUCAUUUCUUGCUACAAAGAGAGCAGGACCAUAUGAGUUAGCUUUGGAUGUUGGAUGUGGGUCUGGACAGCUGACGCGCUCUCUUUCAACUCAAUUUGCCCAAGUUAUCGGUUUGGAUAUCAGCGAAGCGCAGAUCGACGCCGCACACACUGUCCAAAAUCCACAGAAUGUGUCUUUCAGGGUUGGACGAGCAGAGAACCUACCGGCGGCCGACUCAUCGGUGGACAUCAUCACUUCGGCCACCGCUGGUCAUUAUUUCAACUGGGAUAUCUUCGGAAAGGAGGUUGAGCGUGUCCUGAAACCGAACGGUUGCCUCGUCGCAUUGUACUAUGAUUUAUUCUACAUCGAACACCAUGAUGAAGGCGUGGCAAAGAAAUUGGCCGAGUGCAUUGAAUCGCAUAUGGACUAUAUUACAAACUCUGUACUGAGAAAAGGUACUCCAGAUGUUUGCCUAACGUACAGAGAUUGGUGCAAGGAACGUCUUCCACUGUCAUACGCUGACCAGGAAAGGAUCGAAAUGACGAUGAAAAAGACCAUGAAUCUACGAGAGUUUAUUGAGUUUCAUAAAACUUGGGCUUACUUUAUCAAACUACACAACGAAGACCCGGAUGCUACACUUGCUCACUUUGAAAAAUUCGAAAAGAGUUUGAUGGAGCUCUUAGAUGGAGUUGAUCCAGAGACAACACGACUCGAUGUCUGGGCCCCUGUCUUCCUGCGAUUCGCUAGGAAGCCAUAGGAUCAUUACGGGUUAUACAGUGCGUCCCAGAAAAAACGAAACUGAGAA